UUACUCGUGAAUUGUUUAAAACAUUGUGAUAAACGAUUUUGACACGUGUGUCAUUUAAAUGUUAUAAUUAUUAUAAUCCCAUAUCAAUUUCGGACGCAAGAUUUUCUGCGGUGAAUAUCGAGUUUGUCUUUACAAAAACUCUAAAUAGUGUGAAUAAUUUAGUCAUCCAUGAGUAUAUUUUAAAACACUUGACUUUGUCCUUGCAUUAAAAACUUAAAAAUGCAAUUCGUUAGUGAUUUAUUGAGUAAAAUUUUGUUAUACUCUGUAAUUCUAUUUUAUUAUGGCCGUGUUAGAAGUACCCGUGCUAAGGUAUAUGAAAAUCAGACAAUUGAAUAUAACGAACACGACACCAUGGAUGUGUCAAUUACUUUAAAAAAUACAACCAAUUAUAAAGACGCCAUACUAAUUUAUUCAAAUGAAAAUAAUUCCACAAAUUUCAACUUUAAUUUGCACCUAUUUUCCGUUUACAAUGGUUCAACAUUGUACGUUGCUAUAAUAUUUGAAGAUAACAAAAAUAUAACAAAACCUGUUUUUCAAUUGAAACUUGUAACAGAUCGCAUAAAGGAUAGACACGUAUGCCUACAAUCUUGCGAAAUAAUUAUUGCGGUUGACAGAAGUCAAGAUAAGGAAAUUAUACAUGAUCGAAAGAUAGAUAUGAGGAGCCUAUGCGUGCCCUCAUGUGGUCCAAAUGCGGAGUGUAGAAGUAUUGGAAAUACUUUUUCAUGUUCGUGCUAUUCGAACUUCACUGGGACGCCACCAAACUGUUACCAAUUGUCAAACCAAUCAGAACGCAGUCCGAAUGCAGCUUCUGCUAAUGAUCGCGUUUGUAUUGGCUCCGAGUGUGAAGAUCAUUUCGUUGCCGACAGUAAACCUCAUCAUAUCGCUAUUUACUUGACUACAGCACUUAUUGCAAUAAUUGUUUGCGGUUUUCUAAUUCAUUUUACGAUCCGACGUCGGAUACGAUUUCGAAAUGUCUCCAAAGAAGACAAUACAUACAAUUAUGUGACACAAAAUCAACUUUUCUACGCAGACUUAGACGUGGGACUUUCAAAAUCAAACAACCUACCGACAGCAAAUCAAAUACUUUAUACUCAUGUCAUCGGUGUUUUAAAGGAAAAAUAA